GUUUAGGCGUUGCACACAACUAUUCACACGGAAGUAGCACGUAUGAAAGACCUAAAAGUUGCGUUAAAACAGCAUUUCUUUCUUGAUUCUAAGGUUUAGUUUUUAUAUUUCGUAAUGGAAGACCAAGAGAUGCAAGUUAAAGUCAGACGCGUGAGCGACAAAUUCACGGAGAGCAUGUAUGUUUUGGCAAACGAGCCAUCCGUGGCUCUGUACAGACUGCAGGAGCAUGUCAGGAGGUCCCUUCCUGAACUGGCGCAGCAUAAGACAGACAUGCAGAGCUGGGAGGAGCAGAGCCAAGGAGCCAUAUACUCUGUCGAAUAUGCAUGCAGUGCCGUGAGAAGCAUGGCCAACAGCAGCGUGUAUUUCAAAAAUAUUGACAGCCUCCUGCGACAGGCCAUCAACAUGAAGGAGCAGAUGAGCAGCUCACAAGGACGCAGUUUGCAUGAUGCCAAACCUUCUCCCAGUCCCCAUGUUGCUGCUUCUCGUGCCUCAUCCUCCUAGUUCUCCUAAUGGUGAAGCGAUGUCCAAGAAAAAGGACUGCGGAUCCAGGCAUGCCAAGGGACACUGGAGAGAAGAACAACUCCGGAAUGUGACAAGUCUUCUCAGCAUUUCCCCUUUUAGUGCGUUUCCUCUCCACUACCACUUCGAUUGGAAGGCUGUGCUAAAGGUUUUAACCCCCUUUAACUCGCUGCUCACCUCCCCCAAGCACAAGCUGCUCAGUGAAACAGCACGGCCCAGCGCUGCCAGGUUCGGUUUUAAAAAACACUUAAGUCAUGGACGCCACUCAAAGGCCUGCAUUGUUCUCUUGGGCUCGCUGGGCAAGCACAGCAGUGAUUUUUACUCGCUACAGUUGACUUCUCUGCUGACGUUUUGUACAUUAGCUGUCAAUGAUAUACCCCACUGUCAAGUGUGUUCUGCUAUAUAGUAUCGUUAUCACAGUACAUACUUGUACACCAAUGUAAAAGAUCACAAAAGUGAUUUUAUUAUAUGGGACAUCUACAGUACCAGACCUCCCUGCAAAAGGCAAAAAUCUGCAAUAUGAAGAGACCAAAAAAAAUGUAUUUAUUUUCAAUAGUUUUGUCUUUUUUGUGUGAACUGUGGUGGACAGCAGCUCCUGUGUGUGUGCGCUUAACAUAUUUGUGUUUUACUCUUGUUAUGGAUUUCAAUGAGCAGCUGUGACUGUCCCACUUAAGGCAUUACAGUUUGUGUAAUGUAAAAAGCCAAAACCGAUCGUUUGGAAAAAAACUGAUAGUGGCAAAAUAUCAACAGUGAUAUAUUAAGAGAUGGUCACUGAUUUAUUCCAUGAGGAUGCCUGAAAACGGGAAAAACACGCAAUGAAAUAUGUCCGUUCUUAAUGAAUAACUAUGGAGCCCCCCGGGGUGCCAGGGUUGAAAAAAAAAAUCAUAGGUAAUCUGUACCCACAGUUUACUAAUCUGGACCCACAGUUUACUAAUGUGUGGGUACAGUUUAGUAAUCUGUACCCCAUAUUACUAAUCUGUACCCACAGUUUACUAAUCUGUACCCACAGAUUACUAAACUGUACCCACAGUUUACUAAUCUGUACCCAGAGAUUACUAAACUGUACCCACAGUUUACUGAUCUUUACCCACAGUUUAGCAAUGACCCGGAAACAGUAGUCACCAGUGUUUGGCGUGGACUCCAAACGCCGAGGGACCGACAGAGCAAGCACCUGCACGUUUUGCUCUCGGGCUUUAAAAGGUAACUAUUGCACAUUUUCUUUGGUAGCCGUCUAAAAUUUCACUUUCAGGUGUCAUCAAUCAAUUCGGCAUGUUGUUUGCACAUUUUAUGUGCUGCUGUCGUGUCCGUGCGUGCUUAAUUCAAGUAGUGUUAAUUUGUCAGUUAGCUAUUUUUAGAAGCAUUGGGUCAUUGCCAAACUGUGGGUACAGAUUAGUAAACUGUGGGUACAGUUUGGUAAUCUGUGGGUACAGAUUAGUAAACUGUGGGUACAGAUUACUAAAAUAUACCCACAGAUUACUAAACUGUGGGUACAUUUUAGUAAUUUUUGGGUACAUAUUAGCUAUGAUUUUUUUUUUCUACCCUGGCAUCCGGGGAGGGGGGGUGCUCUGUAAAUAACCGUGUAUUUUUAUGGCAAACAGUAUGGUAUCAAUGCACUUUCAUAAACCAUCCACAUCGUUAGGCCUCAACAUACCACAUCAAAUUUCUUGAUGUCCUAUGUAAUUACAGUGAGGUAAAGAGUAUUUGAACACCCUGCGAUUUUGCAAGUUCUCCCACUUAGAAAUAAUGGACGGUUUUGAAAUUUUCAUUAUAGGUGUAUGUCCAAUAUGCGAGACAAUCUAAAAAAAAUCCAGAAAUCACAAUGUGAUUGUUUUUUUUUUUUUAAUUAUUGGUAUUAUACUGCUGAAAAUAAGUAUUUGAAUACCUGUCUAUUUGCUAGAAUUGUGAGCCUCAAAGACCUGUUAAUCGCCUUUAAAAGAAAAAACACCUCCACUCCACUUAUUCUCUAAAUAAGUGGAGUGGAGGUUGACUUUUUGACCUGUUUGAGGCAGUUAGCUGCAUAUAAACACUUGUCCACCCAAAGAGCUGUCCAAAGACACCAGAGACAAAAUUGUAGAGCUCUACAAGGCUAGAAAGAGUUACGGGGCAAUUGCCAAGCAGCUUAGUGAUAUAAGAUCCACUGUUGGAGCAAUUAUUAGAAAAUAGACAAAGUUAAACAUGACCGUCAAUCUCCCUCAGACUGGGGCUCCAUGCAAGAUCUACCUCGUAGGGUCUCAAUAAUCCUAAGAAUGGUAAGGAAUCGGCCAAGAACUACACAAGAGGAGCCUGUCAAUGACCUGAAAGGAGCUGGGACCACCAUUUCCAAGGUUACUGUAAUACACUAAGACAGUGUUCUCAAAACUAUUCCACAUAGGGCCGCAGUGGGUGCAGGAUUUCACUCCAACAAAACAAGACCACACCUUUUUUUCCACCAAUCUGGUGUUUUAUAAGUGUAAUCAGUUGAUUGCAGUCAAGUGCUGCUUGUUUUAGUAGAAACUACAUUGGUUAAAAGUAGGGCUGUCAAAAUUAUCGCGUUAACGGGCGGAAAUUAAUUGUUUUUAAUUGAUCACGUUAAAAUAUUUGACGCAAUUAACGCACAUGCCCCGCUCAAACAGAUUAAAAUGACAGCAGUGUAAUGUCCGCUUGUUACUUGUUUUGUGUUUGGCGCCCUCUGCUGGCGCUUGGGUUCAAAUGAUUUUAUGGGUUUAAGCACAAUGAGAGAGAAUGGUGUAAUUAUUGACAACAAUGGCGAGCUACUAGUUUAUUUUUUGAUUGAAAUUUUUCCAAAUUUUAAUAAAACGAAAACAUUAAGAGGGGUUUUAAUACUGUAUAAAAUUUCUAUAACUUGUAUUAACAUUUAUCUUUUAAGAACUACAAGUCUUUCUAUCCAUGGAUCGCUUUCAGAGAAUGUUAAUGUUAAUGCCAUCUUGUUGAUUUAUUGUUAUAAAAAAAAAAUACAGUACUUAUGUAUCGUAUUUUGAAUGUAUAUAUCCGUCUUGUCUUAUCUUUCCAUUCCAACAAUAAUUUACAGAAAAUAUGGCAUAUUUUAUAGAUGGUUUGAAUUGCGAUUAAUUAAUUUUUAAGCUUUAAUUAACUCGAUUAAAAAAUUUUAAUCGUUUGACAGCCCUCGUUAAAAGGUCUGUGCUUGAUCGGUAUGAACAAAAACCAGGAUCCACAGCGGCCCUCGAGGACGGGUUUGGAGACCCCUGCACUAAGACGUCUUGGUUUAAAAUCAUGCAUGGCACACAAGGUUCCCCUGCUUAAACCAGCACAUGUCCAGGCCUGUUUUAAGUUUGCCAAUGACAACCUAUAUGGCCGUAAACAAGACACUGACCGCAAGAAUAGACUGCUCUGACAGCGGGGCUCUCAGAACCAUUGAGAGCAUCAGGUGGCCCCAGCAAAUCUCCAACGAAAUCCUGUGAGCCCAGACAAGUCAACCCAGAGCCUCCCUCCUGGCUGCACAGCACCGCAUCCGCUGGCUUGGCCAUGUUCUUCAUCUACCUCCUGACCACCCGACAAGCGCCAUCCUGGAGUUUGACCUAAAGGCUGCAGGCUGGAGACGACCAUGAGGAAAGGCCCGCACUUGAUGGCUUGACACCAUUGCGGGCGACCUCCAACAACACAAGAGUUACCUUGAACAUCCCCACCCUGAUCUGCUGGCACAAGACCACCUCUACUGGAGGGGCCUAUGGGCUAAUGGGACGGGAAACCAGCCCCAACGUAAGAGCCAUGUUGAUGAUGAUGAUGAAUGACCAUUUGAAAGAUCCAGAUGAGUCAUGGGAGAAAGUCAUGUGGUCAUAUGAGAUCAAAAUAGAACUUAAUUCCACUCAUAGUAUUUGAAGGAAGAAGAAUGAUGUGUACCAUCACAAGAACACCAUCCCUACUGUGAAGCAUGGGCAUGGUAGCAUCAUGCUUUGGGGGUGUUUUACUGCACAUGGAACUAGACAACUGCACUGUAUUAAGGAGAGGAUAACCAGGGCCUUAUAUUGUGAGAUUUUGGAGAAUAACCUCAUUGCCUCAGUUAGAGCAUUGAAAAUGGGCCGUGAAUGGGUCUUCUAACAUGACAAUGGCCCGAAGCAGACAGCCAUAAUAGCCAAGGAGUGGCUUUGUAAAAAGCAUAUCAAGGUUCUAGCCAGUCUCCAGACCUAAACCCAAUACAAAAUCUUUGGAGGAAGCUCACACUCCCGUGUGUCUCAGUGACAGUCUAGAAACCUGAUUGAUCUAAAGAAGAUGUGUGUUGAGCAGUGGUGCAAAAUCCCUGCUGCAGUCUGUGCAAACCUAGUGAGAAGUUACAGGAAACAUUUGACCUCUGCAAUCGUAAAUAAAGGCUUCUUUACCAAAUACUGACAUUGAUUUUCUCAGGUGUUCAAAUACUUAUUUGCAGCAGUAUAAUACUAAUAAAUUGUUUUUUAACAAAAUCAUACACUGUGAUUUCUGGAUUUUUUUUUUUUUUUUUUUUCCCCCUAGAUUGCCUUUCAGAGUGGACGAGCACCUACCACGAAUAUUUCAAACCCGCCUAUCAUUUCUAAGUGGUGGAACUUGCAAAAUCGCAGGGUAUUCAAAUACUUCUUUUCCUCACUGUAUCUCCUAAAAUAUUAUUAAACAUCAAAUAUCCAAAUGAUGUACUGUAUCUUAGUAUAGAUAUGUUAUUAAAUUACUACACCAUAUUGAAAUACCAGGAGCCAA